AUGGCUUAUCAUAUGGCCUUCGAAUGGCACACUGGAGAGCGGGCAAUCCAGAAAAGGGUGGGUGUCGAUGACCAUGGAGACAAUCCUACAUCACCAUUCCUUGCAGCCACUUUCGCCGCCAGAAUCCCCCGCUAUCCUCUGAUGGCUGUUGGCACCCUGGACGAUCAAGAUCGACCGUGGGCCACUCUCUGGGGAACAGGCUCUCCUCCUUUGUCCCAAGCCAUCGCUCAGAAUGUCAUCGCCAUCAGGUCCGAAGUCGAUGCCAGCUUUGACCCAGUUGUCGAAGCCAUCUGGAAUGGUCAAGAUGAUGGUGAGAUAGUACGUCAUGAAGGUGCAGGGAAGAUUUUCAGUGCCUUGGGCAUCAACCUAGAGCAGCGAUCACGUCUCAAACUUGCCGGCAAAAUCAUUGCGGGCUCACUGAAUGCACCUGACGAGGCUGAGCCUGCGUCAGAGGACGACGGCACGACAAGUGGGAAGCCUGGAAACAUCCAACUAGCAGCAAGCAUCGAGCAAUGCGUUCCCAACUGCCCGAAGUAUAUCAACAAACGCAUAAUUACAUCUUCAACACCAAAGCCAUUAUUAUUAUCCGACUCGACGCAUCUGUCUCAGGCAGCACUCGAUCUGAUCAAGAAUGCGGACACAAUGUUUGUUGCAUCAGUACAUGAGCACGAGGACAUGGAUGCAAAUAUCCGAGGAGGACCUCAAGGAUUCAUCCGAGUCGCUCAACCGCAGAGCUUGGAGGAGGCUAGCACAAUUGUGUGGCCAGAGUACAGCGGUAACAAUUUGUAUCAGACUCUAGGCAACCUUGAAGCCACACCCAAAGCUGGCAUUGUCAUUCCAAACUUUGAGACUGGUGAUGUUUUGUAUGUCACCGGCACCACUCAAGUCUUGGUCGGCGGAGAAGCCAGCGCGGUGAUAGCUAAAAGCAAACUCGCUGUAUCUCUCAAGCUCACGGGUGCCAGACUCGUUCAAGACGGCCUUGCGUAUCGCGGAACAACAGUUGAGGACGGUACCCAUGGUCGCUCGCCGUACAAUCCUCGAGUUCGAACCCUGAUAACCGAGAACCAUGAGGAAUUCGCAAAGACACCUGGAGAGGACGCACCAGUGACAGCGCAGUUGGUUGAGAAGACUAAGCUCACCCCGACCAUUUCGAGGUAUAGAUUUGCCUUGUCGGAUCCUGCUAUCCUCGGACCUUGGAAAGCCGGCCAGUAUGUCGCCAUGGACUUCUCUCAUGAGUUGUACAUGGGUUAUUCUCAUAUGCGAGACGACGACCCAACAAGUCUCAACGACGACUUCCUCCGCACAUUUACUGUUUCCUCUUCGCCGAACUCCCUUGGAGAGCAUGGCGAAGAAUUUGAAAUCACUGUUCGGAGGGUUGGCAACGUGACCAAAUGGCUAGAAUGGCAGAGACCUGGUAUGGCUGAAAUUGGGAUACGCGGGUUUGGAGGCGAAUUUAUCUUUGACCAGGAGAAUCACCAGACCAUCGGUUUCAUUGCCGCAGGAAUUGGCAUCACUCCUUUAAUCGGCCAAGUGAAAGACCUUGAUCUUACCCGCGUCAUCACACUCUGGAGUCUGGGGGUGCGGGACACCGGGAUCGCUGUGGACUUGCUGCAACAGCACCCUGAGCUGAAGACCAUGUUGACUAUUUUUCUGACAGGCAGUGAAGAUAUAUUGUCGAACGAAGAAGAAAAGAAGUCUCUACAGGCUCUCUUGGACACAGGAGUCAAGAUUGAACGGCGACGACUAAGUCAGGAAGAUCUGACUGCCGCAGACGAAAAGGUGGGCAACUGGUAUCUUUGCACGGCUCCUGCAAUGCGGAAACAGGUCCAGGCAUGGCUGCCGGGAAAGAGUAUUGCUUUUGAGAAUUUCGACUAUUGA